UGUUCAGUAAACACUGUAAACACGGACGUCCGAACCGAAAUGACAUGAUAUUUUAUCCUAAAUGUUAUCAUUUUAGUGCCAUAUUUUAGUUUUACGAAAUUUAGGUGUUCCCCGGAUGACGAAAAGUUCCUAAAUCGCAGGGGGAGGAAUUCGAGCCACAGACAACGAAACAGACAAACUACUCGACAGGUUUUCUUAUCCAAGAUCAAGGCCUUCGGUGAGAGCGUUUGACCGAUCGAAGAACGAUCUUCAGCCAGUCCGUCAGUUCGCUCAGGAUGACGCUUCAGACCAGGGAUCAGCACCAUAGAAGUCAGGCCAUGUUCGCUCGAGUCUCCUUCUACCCCACGCUCCUAUACAAUGUGUUCAUGGAGAAGGUUACCAAACGCAAUUGGUACGAUCGGAUCGACGAGAACAUGAUCCUGGGAGCGCUUCCGUUCCGAGCCGUCGCACCGGAACUGGUCAAGGAGGAAAACAUCAAAGCCGUGGUCUCGAUGAACGAAGACUACGAGCUAUGGCUGUUCUCGAACGAUAAGAAAAAGUGGGCCAAACUUGGGGUCGAAUUUCUGCAGCUGGCCACAACCGACAUCUUCGAGGCACCCUGCCAGGACAAGCUGUGGACCGGGGUUCAAUUUAUCAAUGGGUUUCUGCCCCGGGACAAGCGGAUGGCCCCGUGUGAUCCCGAUGGAACCCAGCAAUUCCGAGAGGAUCGCGUCGGAACGGUGUAUGUGCACUGUAAGGCUGGAAGGACCAGGAGUGCUACCCUGGUCGGAUGUUACCUCAUGAUGCGCAACGGCUGGAGCCCGGAGCGAGCGGUGCAACAUAUGCGCGAGUGCAGACCCCAUGUGCUACUCGGCAGCAAACAGUGGGAAGCCCUGCGGAUAUUCCACUCCAAACGGAUACCAACGAUUCCGGCGGCGGCUGACGCAGCUCGCAAGCCAGACGAUGCUCAAUGAAUAUAGUUAUUCAAAUGAUUUAGAUGAAAACGAAAAUUAGCCUUUCUGGAACAGCGGAACGAGGGUAAAAUAGCUUCUAAGUAGACAGUCUGAUCCUCUAUAUGACUCAAUGCAAUAACUAUUGUAAAUAGCUAUAGUGUGACGGCUUUCUUUUGUCUGACUGAGCUCAGUUCAGCUAGCGAAAGAACAAAACACAAUUCAACCAACUUAGUGCAUUAAUGAGAGAAGCCUCAGCUCUCGAAACUUUAUUCUUCAAGCACCGGUUUGACAAUUUCUAUUUUAAAUAAAUAAUAUUCUUUGUUACGCAAAUCAACUUCCGGGAACGAAGUCACUUAGAUCUUGAUUA